GUGCGCGGCCCCGGUCUGCCCGACCCCGGCCACCAUGACGGGGCGGCGCCCCCCUCUCCCACCACCAUCACCACCAUCAGGUCCAUCAACAGCAGCAGCAGCAGCAGCAGCAGCAGCACGCGGCCGCCACGCCCGCCAGGAUGGACCACUGUGACGGCUCCAGCGACUCGGGCGUGAGCGUCACCGAGCGCUCUGUGUCCCGCUCCUCCGUGCUCAGCGAUGACCGCUCCUCCUCGGCGGAGGUGAAGCCCAACACGCCCACGCCCGCCGCCCAGCCCAAGGGUACCCUCUUUGUGGACCGCAAAGAGCCCGUGCGUGUGUGGCGCGACCCGUCCGUGCUGUCCCAGUCCGAGCAGGCGGUGCGUCACAUCCACUCCGUGCAGCACACCAGCAUGUCGCAACACUUCCCCCCACACCUCGCCGCCCCGCCCCCCGCGGCGCCCACCGCCGCUGCCGCCGCCGUCGCCGCCGCCGCCCACGGCCCGCCCCACCACGGCCCCCACUCCCAGCCGCCCGUAUCCAUGGGGCACGGCAUGCCGCCCACCCUCCCCUAUCCCGCCCACCCCGCCGCCGCCGGCGCGGGCGUGCCGCCCCCGCUGCACCUGCCUCCGGGGCUGCAGCAGCCCCUGGGGAGCCUGUACCCCUCCAUCCCCCACGAAAUGUGGAAGCAGCUGGCGCCUGUGCCCACCCUGCCGCCCCACGCCUACGCCGGCAUCCUCCACCAGGAGGAGCUGAUGCACCUGGAGAGGGCCAGGGAGCGCGCCGACCAGGAGAGGCUGCUCAGGGAGAGGAGAGAGGCGGAGAAGGAAAGAAUACACAAGGAAAAGAUGGAGCGAAGUGAGAAGGAGAGAAGAGAAAGGGAAGAACGAGAGAGGAGAGAAAAAGAAAGGAGAGAAAGAGAAGAGAAGGAAAGACAACAGUUUCAAGUUGAUCAGCACUUCAAUAAGUCUUUCCUACUUGCCCAGCAGAAGCAUGGAGGAGGAGGACCCACGGACAGUGUUGGGGGCACCACCACCACCACAACCUUAGCAGCCGACCAUCUUGGCCAAACCUAUUACCUCAGUGGCCUCAGCAACCACCACCACCACCACCACAACCACUAUCCCUCCAACCACCAUCACAACCCACCACCACAACAUCAGCAACAUCAGCAACAACAACAACAACAACAACAUGCACCACCACCAACUUCUCAACAACAACAGCAACAACAACAACAACAACAACAACAACAACAACAACAACACCACAACCACCACCAUCAAAAUCACCACCACCAUCACAACCAUUUACUCCUCAUAUCCCAGCAACAACAACAACAACAACAACAACAACAACAACAACAACAAUCUCACAAUAAAUCAUAUCAAGUCCCCAGCCAUUCCCAGAAGGUGGGUGGAGGAUGGAGCCAGCUGGGUGGCCUGAAGGAGCGCCUCGACCCCAUGGAGGAGAGGCAGCUGAUGGAGGACCGGCAGCGGCAGGAGGAGGCCGCCGUCCGCCGUGCACAGGAGCCGGAGAAGAUGGUCCAGGAGAGCAUCUACAGGUUUUUUCGCGACUCUGACCGCCGUGAGCCGUCCGUGAAGAGCCGCUACCCCCCGCCGGCACACUCCAGCAAGCCGCCGCAGCCGCCGCCGGACAAGCCAGUGGCGGCAGCGCCGCUGCCCAAGCUGGCGGAGCCAAGCUUCAGCCUGAUGGGCUACAUGCCGGGCUACCUCAAGGAGCCGCCGCCGCCCCAGGCCGCCAAGAUGCAUGACCGCAGCCCCUAUGGCAGUGGCGGUGGGGGCGGCAGCAGCGGCGGCUACCACGACCACCGGGAGAAGACGUCCGUCAUCAUCCAGCCGGAGGCAAAGUAUGACAAGGGGCCGCCGCCCGCCAUGGCCCUCAGCCCCAAGCAUCGGCCCCCGGAGCGCACUAGCCCCUUCCCUCCCUCCUCAGCGUACAAACCCCACGACCCUGCCCCUGCCCCCUCCGUGCCCCACACGGCCUCUUCCGCCGCCACGCUGCACCGCAGUGUGCCCGGCCACCACCCUUCCCCCUUGCCCCAUGGGGUAGAACUGGCUAAGGCCCGCCCGCCGUCCUCGCCCCACCCGGCCACCGUGCCUGGCCACCCUGACCGCUACUACACGGCUGGGGCCAGCCGACCAACCCCCACCACCUACACCUCCAGCCUGAUCACGGCCGGCCUGGUGCCCAACCCCAUCCAUGUGUCCUCGGUGGCCGCCAAGGCCAAGGUGGGUUCCCCACCACCGCAGAUGUAUGGCAAGCCGGGCAUCACCACGGGCACCCCGGUGUGCCGGCCGGACACCCGCCCCGCCCAGCCCGUGCCCCUCACCAGCAAGGCCCCCACGCCUGGGCCCCCGCCUGCACAUUCUGGCCGGCCCGCCCAUGCUGAGAGCCGGCCGCCACCAAUGCCGCCACAUGAACAGCGGCCAUACGAUGCCCGCAUCUACCCCCCUCCGGCCCCCUCGCCCCACCACAAGCACGUGGUGGCCCCGGGGCCACCAGCAGCCCGCCUGCCUCCCACCACCUCACCCCACCUGCCACCCCACCCUUCCCUGGCUCCCCAGCCCACCCAGACACAACCGCUGGACCUCAACACGCGGGAGGACGCAGCCUCGCCAGCCAAGCGCCGCACAGCCACACCGUCACCGCAGGACACCAAGAAGGCGCGCUACGACCCCAGCGUGGCGCCGCCCAGCCAGCCACCGCUGCUGUCCCGGGUGUCGGAGCCCAGCCCGCUGUACCCUGCAGCUGCCACCACCAUCACCACCGUCGAGAACCCCGUGGCCCUGGCCGACAGCCUGCCCCGCGUGGGCAGCCCUGUGUCCCGUCCGCCCAGCCGGCCGCCCGCCGUGGGCACCCCCACCGCCACGCCACCACAGCCAACCCGCGCUGAGAACUCCUCCCCGCCAGGCGGCCGCAGCGCCACCGAGCCUGAGAAGAGUGUGAGUCCCGGGCCGGUGGGCGGCUAUGUCCACAAGCUCAAGAAGGCGUGGCUGCAGCGGCACGAGAAUGCCGCCGAGCCCUUGGCCACGCCGCCCUCCUCAGGGCCCAGCCUGGCUGCCAGGGUGUCCACGCCACCUCCUACCACGCCAUCCUCCAGCCCACCUGCCAAGGCCUCCCCGGCUGCUGCCGCCUCCGCCAAGAUGGACGCCAACAAGCCUGGCCAACGCAAACCUAAGCCGCCCAACAACAUCCCCAACGGCCACAGCCAGGAGGCCGCCGCUGGGGGUCGGGAGGAGUCCACCUCCAGCGACUCUGAGAGCGGGGCAGCACUGGGCCCGGCUGGCAUGCGGAACAAGCGGGGCAAGGCCAAACGCAAGAUAAAGAAGAUCAAGCGUGGCAGUGGCAGCGGCGGUGGCGGCAGCGACACCAACAGUGACAGUGACAAGGACAGUGAUGGCAGUGAGACGGCUGCCACCAAGGGUGGCGGCCGCCUGACCUCCAAGCCCGACGUGGAGCCCAAGAAGCGUGGCCGCAAGCCUAAGACCAAGCAGGAAAAGGAGCGUGAAGACAGCGGACCCAAGGCCAAGAAGAUCAGGGAGGAUGCCCCCCCGGGGGACCCCCUGCAGAAGCCCCCCGUGGCUCAGCUCAAAAAGACCGGUGAGAGUUUCCUGCAGGACGGCUCCUGCUACGAGGUGGCUCCUAAGCUGCCCAAGUGCCGCGAGUGCCGUUGGACACCGCACCAGCGCAACAAGAAGAUGCCCAACAUAUUCUGCCGCUUCUACGCCUUCCGCCGCCUCCGCUACACCAAGAAUGGACAGCUGGCCGUGGCGGGGUUCUCCGACCCCAUCAAGGAUGCCUUCGGGGACGACCUCAAGCUGUGGCUGCCGGACGUGGACAACACGCCCUCGGACCUUGAUGUGGACAUCAGCAAGUUUCUCCUGACGCACGUUGGGGACCAGUUCUGUGACCUGGUGGAGCAGGAGAAGGAGGCCAUGGCGCUGCACAUGGGUGAUGACUCGGUGGUGGCGUGGAAGCGCGUGGUGCAGGGUGUGCGGGAGAUGUGCGACGUGUGUGAGACAACGCUGUUCAACAUCCACUGGGCGUGCAGUAAGUGUGGCUUUGUGGUGUGCAUCGACUGCUACAAGGGACGCAAGAAUGGCACGGUGAAGGUCUGGGACGAGGGUGGCAAGGACCGGGACGAGUACUCCUGGCUGCUGUGUGCUUCCCGCCUCCCUCACGAGCAGGACAAACUCAUGCUCACUCAGAUCAUCUCUGGCAAUGCUCUCCUGGAUCUGGGGAGGAAGGUGCAUCUAGGGAGGCACCAGUGGAGCAUCCCGCAGUACUGUGAGUGUCCCGAGGCCAAGCGGUACAAGGACCAGGCGCUGCAGGACGACAAAAAGAAGGUGAAUGGGGUAAACAAGGAGCUGCUCAAGACAUUUAAGAAGGAACCCAAGGUGGAGUUAGUGAACGGUGCUGUCAAGACGGAGAAGGUCAACGGCAAGGAGGAGGAGGAAAUGUCCAAUUCUCCACUUAACUUCUUUGCCGACGUGGCGCUGUCCAAUGACAAGCGGGAGAGUGAGAGUUCAGACUCAGACUCUGACUCAGACUCAGAUGAGAAGGAGGGUAACUUCUCGACACUGCGGAAGCUCCUCAUUCAGCCCAAUGGCAACACCAAGGAGGAGCCGGCCAACGCAGCAGCGGCAGCAGCGGCGGCAGCGGGUGCUCGGCCGGCCAAGGAGAGCAGCAAAAAGCGGCCAAAGCUUGACACGGUGGAUGAAGUGAUCUCGUCCGUGAUCGACCACAGCUCAGACAAGGACGAUUCCAAGGACAACAAUCAAGUCGUGCUCAAACACUUCAUCAGAAAGUACAACUACGGCCCGCGUGGCCGCGACCCGCUGCCUAUCCGCAUCAUGACCAAGACGGAGAGCAACCUGCUGUACCCUGGUGUGGCCCACUCGUGGCUGUGCGAUGGCAAGCUGCUGCGGCUGCUGGAGCCGCUGGCCCCGGCCAACACACCACUCUUCCAGGACAUGUGGAAGCGCGGCCAGCCUGUCAUCGUGUCUGGCGUCGGCCAGAAGCUCAAUGCCGACCUGUGGACGCCGCAUUCGUUCUCUAAGGACUAUGGGGACAUCAAGAACGACCUCAUCAACUGCCUGACAGGGAACAUCGUGCCCAACCAGCCCAUGCGCAAGUUCUGGGAUGGGUUUGAGAACUACGGCAAGCGGCUGAAGGACGAGAAGGGGCAGCCCAUGGUGCUCAAGCUGAAGGACUGGCCUCCCGGGGACGACUUCGCCGAGAUGCUGCCGUCCAGGUUUGAGGACCUGAUGAACGUCCUGCCGAUGGGCGAGUACACGCGGCGCAAUGGCCGCCUCAACCUGGCCGGCCGCCUGCCAGAGUGCUUCGUGCGGCCCGACCUCGGACCAAAGAUGUACAUCGCCUACGGCUCCGCCAUCCACCCCAACCGAGCCUCCACCAAUCUCCACCUGGACAUCUCAGACGCCGUCAACGUGAUGUGCUACGUUGGCGUGCCCAAGGAUGCCGACUACCAGGAGCACGUCAAGGAGGUAUUCAAGGCCAUAGACGAGGCGGGGUGCGACAUCUUGACUCGGCGCCGCGUGAGAGAGAAGGAGGAGGUGCCAGGAGCUCUGUGGCACAUCUACCACGCCCGGGACUCUGACAAGAUAAGAGAUUUGCUCAACAAGGUGGCCAUUGAACGUGGGGACAAGCUGGAGCCACACCAUGACCCCAUCCACGACCAGGCCUGGUACCUUGACGGCCCUCUGAGGGAACGCCUGUACAAGGAGUAUGGUGUGGAGGGGUAUGCCAUCAUCCAGUGUCUGGGCGAUGCUGUCUUCAUUCCUGCCGGCGCGCCUCACCAGGUGCGUAAUCUCCACAACUGCGUCAAGGUGGCCGAGGACUUUGUGUCGCCGGAGAACGUGUCAUACUGCUUCCACCUGACGCAGGAGUUCCGGCAUCUGAGCGACACCCACACCAACCACGAGGACAAACUCCAGAUCAAGAACAUCAUUUACCACGCCAUGAAGGACUCCAUGGCGUGCCUAAUGUCCGUCAGCAAAGAGGCUCAAGUGAAGGAGGAGGAAAGUGACUCCCCGUCGCCGCCCGCCACCACCACAGACAAGAAAGUGAGCGAAACAGACUCAUGAAAGUGACUUGAGUGACUAGUGAGUGCGGUCAAGGCGGCAGCAGCGGCGGUUGUGUCGUGCACUGCGUUCGCUGAAUUUUUUUUACGGUGUUGUUCAUAUUUUUUUUCUAACUUAAUUCCAAGUCCUCCACACGGCCGGGUUGUGGAGAGAGUGAUCGAGUGAGUGAGAAGUGAGACAAACAGACAGAUGGACAGAUGUAUGUAAGCAUUAGUGGCGGUGCCCGGCGGUGCCCAGCCCGCCACACCCACCCCGUGUUCCACCCAGCGACACUCGCCAGUGAUCCCACUCUGCUCAUGAACGCUGCUGUUCUGAUACUGAAAAGAAAUGUUUCCUAAUUUCAAGUGCAAAUAAACUAUUCCACUUUGAAUUGUAAGAGACAGAGACAGUGAGUGGUGUCAGAAUUGUAAGUGAACAUUGUGUACACACACAUCAACACAUCACACACAUUAAACAAGAGUCCAUUACCUACAUUUUUGAUGUUUAUUAACAAAGACAGAUAAGUUAAGUAGAAGACUACGUACGUACGAUGGCGGUGUUAUAAUUUAUUAAUCCUAUACGAUGUACUAAUCACAGUGGACCUAACUCUUAAGAAGAUUAAUAUCUGUAUCUAUGGUGUACUUAAAACAUGCCAGCGAUGCAACAGACUGCAGCCAACCGCGGCCACACAGCCGCGCCGGCCCGGCCAGCCAUGACACCAGCGGCAGCGGCGGCAGCGUCUUGGCGGCGACGCCCGGCUGCUGUCGGGUGUUCCUGGCGGCAGUGGCGGCGGCGCGGCAUCGGGUGGCAAUGUAAGGAGGAGAGAGAAGAGAGAGAGAAACCACUGCCUAUUUCAAAGCUCUCCCUUCCAAGCUAUUUCUUUGAUGAAUAAACUCGUGUUGUCUCUAGCAAUCUCUGUAUUGUCUUGCACACAAACACACGUACGAAUUUUACAAGUAAGGCUGGCCUGGGCCUGCCCUCGGGCGGGGUGCAGCAGCCACGGCCCGGGUCAGCGGAGGGCGUGAGGGGGGGACGACCCAGCCCACCACAACGACCCUCAGCUCCCUGACCCUCCCUCCCCUCCCUCUCUGGGCCACACGCAGCCAUGUCAUUAUUUUUGUUCAUUUUGUACAUUGAUCUCAUUGUUGGUGUAAAUGUGCGUAGUGUUGAGGGAUGGAUGUUAACUGGUAGGAUGACGACGGCGUGGCGACAGGCGUGGCGGCGGCGUCUCGCCUCGUCCCGCGUCGUCGUGUUGUUAUCCUCGUUUUACCACGGCAAAAAACUAAAAAAGUCAUCUGUGUUGACCAUUAAAGGAGGAAAGACAGAAAAUGAUUUUUUAGAAGACAGUUGAAAUUGUCGGAUGAACACAAGUGAUACGUAUGAAAAAAAUAAGGGCAUCUUGUUGCCGCUGACUGACUCCUUUGUAUUUAAAAAAACCACUGCAAAAAAAAACAUGAAAGGUAAUUUAUUUGCUUGUAAAAUGUCGGGCGGAUAUAGAGGUGUACAUUGUGUAGGCUUGUAGAGAGACCCAGAGCCUCGCCCACACGGCCGCCGCAGGCACAGUGCGGCAAGUGACUACGUUUUUGUACUGUCGAUAUGUAAAACACCACAAUUUGAAUAGUAAAAAUGACGCCAUAA